AGUUUCUUCUCUGAGCUGCAGCCAACAGCGAAGCCUGAACACUGGUCGUGGUGUUCUGCCCCGUCCCCGUCCCCUCCCCCUCCUUUUGGUGACAGGUGGUGGUUACCUUGGUUACCAGCAUUACAGGAGAGGGGCGCAUCAGGAGGAUGGAGCCCCACCUCUGGCCACGCCCACAGAGGCUCCAGGUGCGUCGAUUGGCUAUUCGUCGCCGUCUGACCGCACUCAGCGGUGGUGUGUGUUGUCCUGCCCGUUGGCGCCGUCGGCCAAUUGCCUUCCUCUGCUAUGUCCUGUCCGUCAGUGCUCUGCGACCACUGGCCAACCGGGUGGCGUUGUACCGCUCCCUCCCGACUCGCCUACUCUCUCGGGCCUGGGGUCGUCUGAACGGGGUAGAGCUCCCCACUUGGCUCCGAAAACCCGUCUACUCGCUCUACAUCUGGACCUUCGGGGUCAACAUGCAGGAGGCAGCAGUGGAGGAUUUACAUUACUACAGGAAUCUCGGUGAAUUUUUCCGUCGACGUCUCAAACCUGCAGUUCGACCGCUCUGCGCCUCCUCCUCUCUGAUCUCUCCAGCUGAUGGGAGAAUCCUACACUUUGGUCGGGUAAAGAACUCAGAGGUGGAACAGGUGAAGGGGGUCACUUACAGUCUGGAGAACUUCCUUGGUCCACAGAGGAGGCAGAGAAACGACUCCUCAUCGUCCUUCCGGGACCUCCUCUUGUCAUCUCCUGAUAACGACCUUUUCCAUGUGGUGGUCUACCUGGCUCCAGGUGACUAUCACUGUUUCCAUUCUCCAACAGACUGGAGGGUGGAGCUUCGGCGUCAUUUCCCAGGCUCGUUAAUGUCGGUUAACCCGGGCGUGGCCCGUUUGGUCAAAGAGCUCUUCUGCCUCAAUGAGCGUGUGGCGCUCACCGGCAAAUGGCAGCACGGCUUCUUCUCGUUUACGGCAGUCGGAGCCACAAACGUGGGCUCCAUCAGGGUUUACUUUGACCAGGAGCUUCAGACCAACACUCCCCGUUACAGUAAAGGCUCCUUCCAUGACCGCAGCUAUGUUGCCGUCGGCGACCAGGUGUUGAAUGGAGCAGGUGAAGGGGGCGUGGCCUUACAGAAGGGGGCAGCAGUGGGGGAGUUUAACCUUGGCUCCACCAUCGUGCUGCUGUUCGAAGCUCCAAAUGACUUCAAAUUCACCCUGCAGCCCGGCCAGCGAAUCAGAGUGGGAGAGGGGCUCGGAAGCCUCUGAUUGGCCGACCUGAAGACUCAGGAAGGGGUCUGGUGACAAGGAACUGCUGGAGACUAUUAAAGACAGAUUUUAAGCGUUGGUGGCAUUGUGGAUAAUAAUUUUCUCUGUAACAAAGAAGCUGUGGAGGUCAUGAAGAUGUUUUAUGUCAAAGACUCAAUUCCCAGAAUGCCUUUUGCAUCAUAAAGGGGGGGAAUGCCAAACCUCAUCUCUCUCUUUUUCAGAAACUGAACCAACAAAGUCAAAUAUUCCAUAAAAUCACCAAAACCAAACUACAAACACAAACACUGAGAUCACCUUUAACAGGACCAGCUUAACACGAAGUGAAAUCAAACGUUUCUCCGUCCACUGAUGCAGUUUGAAUGUUUGGAGCUUUAUUGUUCACGUCUUGUUGUUACGUCUCAGCUGGGCAGGUCGAGGUGGCAGGAAGUCAAACGCAGGAAAAGAAAGCAUCCUCUCCAGAUAGGUGAAACGCUCCUGCUGGGGUUUGACGUGUCGCAGGUGUGACAUCGCAGAGCCGUGCCAGGAAAAUCGACGUAUUAGCAUCGGCUAGCGCACAAAUCAAAAGCAGCUAAUUGGUGGAAACUCAACUGGACGCCUGUGAUUUAUCAAAAAGAAGUAAAAUAAUGAAUUCUCUUUGUGAGUGUGAGUAAAGGUGAACGUCUCGUUCACACCUGGAUGCUAACUGUGUUUGUUGUUGCUGCUUCUCUACUUUUCUAAAAUAUGUAAUUAUGAAUAAAUAUUUCUUUC